UAGCCAGGAGUCUGGCGCGCCCGCCCCGCCGCGUCCCAGGUACUCGGCCCGCUGGUCCCAUCGCUCCGCCCGCGCCUCCGCCACCGCCACCGCCACCACCGCGGCGCCGCCAAUGAGACUCCUCCCGCUUCUAGUGGGUUUUUCCACUUUGCUGAAUUGUUGCUACACUCAAAACUGUACCAAGACGCCUUGCCACCCAAAUGCAAAAUGUGAAAUUCGGAAUGGAGCUGAAGGCUGCUAUUGCAACACUGGAUAUUCAGGAAAUGGUGUCACAAUUUGUGAAGAUGAUAAUGAGUGUGGAAAUUUAACGCAAUCCUGUGGUGAAAAUGCUAACUGUACGAACACACAGGGAAGUUAUUACUGUAUGUGUGCACCUGGUUUCAGAUCCAGCAGCAACGAGGACAAGUUUAUUACUAAUGAUGGAACCACCUGCAUAGAAAUUGUGAAUCCAGACUGCCAUUUAGAUAAUGCCUGUAUUGCCGAAAAUAUUAAUAAAACUUUAACAAAAAUUAGACACAUAGAAGAACCUGUGGCUUUACUACGAGAAGUCUAUAGAAAUUCUUUGAAAGAUCUUUCACCGAUGGAUAUAAUUACAUACACAGAAGUAUUAGCUGAAUCAUCCCCAUUAUUCAUAAACAGCACGAAUUCAGCCAAGGACACCUCUUCUAAUUCAACUCUUACUGAAUUUGUAAAAACUCUGAAUAAUUUUGUUCAAAAGGAUACAUUUACAGUUUGGGACAAGUUGUCUACAAAUCAGAGAAGAACUCAUCUUACAAAACUGAUACAUACUGCUGAGCAGGCUACCUUAAGGAUAUCUCAGAACUUUCGAAAGACCACUCAGUUUGAUACUAAUUCAAGUGAUAUAGCUCUCAAAGCUUUCUUUUUUGAUUCACAUCACAUAAAAUAUAUUCAUCCCCAUAUGAAUAUGGACGGAGAUAAUAUAAAGAUAUUUCCAAAGAGAAAAACUGCAUAUGAUUCAAAUGGCAGUGUUGCAGUUGCAUUUUUAUAUUAUAAGAGCAUUGGUCCUCUGUUUUCAUCAUCUGACAACUUAUUGGAACCUCAAAGUUAUGAUAAAGCUGAAGAAGAGGGAAGAGUCAUCUCUUCAGUAAUUUCACUCUCAAUUAGCUCAAACCCACCCACAUUAUAUGAACUUGAAAAAGUAACAUUUACAUUAAGUCACAUAAAGACCACAGAUAAAUAUAAGAGUCAAUGUGCAUUCUGGAACUACUUACCUGACACCAUGAAUGGCAGCUGGUCUUCAGAGGGCUGUGAGCUGACAUACUCGAAUGAUACCCACACCUCGUGCCGCUGUAACCACCUGACACAUUUUGCAAUUUUGAUGUCUUCUGGUUCUUCUAUUGGUAUUAAAGAUUAUAAUAUUCUUACAAGGAUCACUCAACUAGGAAUAAUUAUUUCGCUGAUUUGCCUUGCUCUAUGCAUUUUUACCUUCUGGUUCUUCAGUGAAAUUCAAAGCACGAGGACAACAAUUCACAAAAAUCUCUGCUGUAGCCUGUUCCUUGCUGAACUUGUUUUUCUUGUUGGGAUAAAUACAAAUACUAAUAAGCUCUUCUGUUCCAUCGUUGCUGGCCUGCUGCACUACUUCUUUUUAGCUGCCUUUGCAUGGAUGUGCAUUGAAGGCAUCCACCUCUAUCUCAUUGUUGUAGGAGUCAUCUAUAACAAAGGAUUUUUGCACAAGAAUUUUUAUAUUUUUGGCUAUCUCAGCCCAGCUGUGGUAGUUGGAUUUUCAGCAUCAUUAGGAUACAGAUAUUAUGGCACCACCAAAGUAUGUUGGCUUAGCACAGAAAACAACUUUAUCUGGAGUUUUAUAGGACCAGCCUGUCUAAUCAUUCUUGUUAAUCUCUUGGCAUUUGGAGUUAUCAUAUACAAAGUUUUUCGUCACACUGCGGGGUUGAAACCAGAAGUUAGUUGCUAUGAGAACAUAAGGUCUUGUGCCCGAGGAGCUCUUGCCCUCCUCUUCCUCCUUGGCACCACCUGGAUCUUUGGCGUUCUCCAUGUUGUGCAUGCAUCGGUGGUGACAGCUUAUCUCUUCACCGUCAGCAAUGCUUUCCAGGGGAUGUUCAUCUUCUUAUUCUUGUGUAUCUUAUCUAGAAAGAUCCAAGAAGAAUAUUAUAGAUUAUUCAAAAAUGUCCCUUGUUGUUUCGGAUGUUUGAGGUAAACAGAACUAUAGAUGGUUAUUGUUAUGCAGAAAUAAAAAUGCCUAGCUGUGGAUGGCCAAUGUAUAAAUAUGAUUCAAACAAAUUGUCCAAUUAUUAAUUACAAGAUAAUCAAAUAUUUUAAAUCCAUUUUUCUGUUUACUGUGUAGGAACUGUAGAUAAUACAAAAUAAAAUUAUGUACCAUAUAGCUAUAGUAAGCUUUUCUACAUGACUUACUUAGCUAUGGCAAAAAUAGUAUUACAGAUAUUUGGAAAGUAAUUAGUUUUUCAGAAUGAUAUCACUGCACCCAAGGAAAGAUUUUCUUUCUAACACAAAAAAAAGUAUGACUGUCCUGAAGGAAACCCACUGGCUUGAUAUUAUUGUGACUCAUGUUGCCUUUGAAAUUAGUCCUCUAUCACCUUGGUAAUGAGCUCUGUUACAGAAAGUAAAACAUAAGAGAAUGAAGGGGUAGAAUAUGAAACAGUAAAAAGAGAGUGAAUGUUAUAACAAAGAGAUGUAUUUUGAGCAGACUUGGUGUUUUGUAAACUAGAUGAGAAUUGAAUAAGCACAGCUUACAAUUCCAUGAGUUGUUCUGAACUUAAAGUUUUACUGAAACAACUUGUACUUGUAACAUCAAUUUUCUAUUCCAAUAGAAAACACAAAACUUCACAAAAGGAAAAACUAAACAUUUCUGUUCUGUUUUUAUGUUAAUAUUAGAAUGAAGUAUAUGCUCUUUCUAUACUUAUUUCACAGAUUGUGACUUCAAAUGCUUAUUCAGUAGUACAUAAAUGUGUCAGAAUGUAAUAUUGUUCAUGCCUGUAAAUGUAAAAAUCAUGUAUAUAAACCUGAAGUACUCUAUUCCAUAACCUUUCAGUGCAGUGAAAAAUACUGUAUCUCAUUAGACUCAUAUAUUUGAGUUCUUUAUUUUUUUUAAUUUUAGAAAUAUUAUGGUUCACAUUGCAAUAUUCCCUUUUAACUUACUAUUUUUAAAAGGGCACUGUAAAUAUGAAAGUAUUCAUAAAGUGAAUUGCUAUUUUUUUCUGUUCAGAAAAGUACACAUUAAAAAUGUUAUUUAUAACAAAGAGAUCAUUGAGAACUGACUGUAUAAACUUCCACAAAGAAUAUAUUUUCUGACAGUUUUCCACUAGUAAAAUAUAUCUCCUAAAAUGUAAGUCUUCUACCUUCCAAUCUUCAAAUUAAAAUAUAGAAGCAGGGAUUUUAUUUCAAAAUAUAUGUAAUUGGUCUGCACUUACCUGUAAAAGUAUGCCAAUACACCAAAUGUUGAGAAUUUAACUUAAUUUCUCCAGCUGUUAAAAUGAAGUCUGUCAAAUCUUGCUCUAACAAAUAAAAUGUUAUCUAAAUGAA